ACGCACUCACGCUCAGGCACACGAGCAGGCGAGGAAACACAGGUAUCAUGACCCUGCUCAAGGACAAUCUCCACACCGAAGCCUCCAACAACAGAUGCACAACUGAACUUUGAGACAGAAUAAACUUCUUUAAAAACAUGAUGUGGAAUCUCUGAGGAAGUCUUGACUUUUCCUCAGCUUUAGGUUGGAGGAUCCUCAACUUUACAGCAACAUGAGUGUUAAGAGGAAGAAGACUGGGCUUGUUAUCAGCUGGCAGAAGUCAUUUUCCAUUCUGGCUCCUUGGAGGAAAGGGAAAGGAGACAGCAAUACAGUACUGGACAGCGAGGUUGUCCUGACAAAACUUAAGCUCUUCAGCAACUUCAACGAGAGGCUCCUGAUGGCUGACACUGCCACGUCCGCUAUUUCCAGAGCCGAGCGCAAGAUCUUGCUUCCCACCAAAGUCUCCAAGGUGAAUUCCCACCUUGAUAGCAAAUCCAGACAGCCUCACAUGGAGUCUGGCUCAGACUACCUACCCACCAUUUUUUCAGACUCUCAGCUGCCAGGGCUGUAUAAGUUUGAGUCAGAGGACUCUGGAGUGGAGCUUCCUAGUGGAGCUAACUCUCCAUCCACCCCAACAGAGUCUGAGCAGAGCUUUGUGGUCCACAGCCGAGAGUCCUCCUGUGGCUCCUGCAACUUAAACUCUGGCCCUACUACUCUCCCUGAUAAACUAUGCAGACAUGCACAGAGCUCAGAGAUUAAACAGCCAGAGGACCUGUUAGAUAACAGUUUGAGUACAACUGUGGUCACUCAGGACAGUGUGUUUAUACACUCAGAGGAACACAGUUCUUCAGCUGUGAGAGCAGAACUGCACAAAGGUGAUUGCAUGGAUAUGGUCCAGUGUCAGGCUUCAGGAAGCAGGCCUGAAGGAAAUGAGGAGACAUCUGAACAGACAAACAGUUCUGUAACUGAAGGGACCUGCUCAAAGGAUAUGAGAACUGGGAAGCAAUCCUUAACAGGAACCUGUGAUGACAUGACAGGCAAUGACUUUGAGCCAGCACCUAUAAGGAGGAGGACCACCAGUGACAGCCUGGAGGAGUACAUGGAUGAAUGCUGCAGACUUAGUGAGGCACAGCAAGCAAGCUCCAACCCUCUGGGUUCAGGCCGGGGUUAUCUGGAACACAUCUGCCAGCUCAUUGAGAAGAUCGGCCAGCUGCAGGAGACCAACCUCCGGCUGCAGAGGCAGAUCUGCAGCCUGCAGAAAGACAGCAGGAUGGCAAAGACCAAAGAGGACUUUUUCCAGCAGCACUGCACUUGUGGAGCUGCCUCCCUGGCCUUCCAGGACAUUCAGAAGAGACAUUCAAGAAAUGAGUUUUUGUCACUGAGUGGAACCCUCUCUGACCUGUCUACCAUCCCUGAAGUCACCCAGCAUCCACUCUUAGCAAUCAGAAGAGAAAUGAGGAGCGAGGGCUUGAGACCAGUUCCACUGUGGAGGAGAGGCCUGAAACGAAGAAGUUACACUGAGGGGGAGGUCUGUUUCCUUGAGGACAGCACUGAAGGGCUCGCCAUAUCCCAGCGAAGGCUGAGUGAAAACUACACUUGGGGCCGAGUCAAAGACCUGGUGAGGAAGACUAAACUGAGGGAGCAGAGCAGGCUGGGACUGACGUCCUCCUCACUGAAGAUGUCUUGCCCACAACUCUAUAGGUCUGAUCUGGGACCAGUUGAAUCUGCUGGCAGAGACUGGAACUUUCCUUGAUCCACCAGAGCAAAUGGGACUUCCCUUGACAAUUUUAAACAUCCAGAUCAGAGCCCGACAUUCUCAUAUGGGGAGGAUUCACAAAGAUGAUUUAAGACUGAAAAAGAAAUGGAGAUGAAGAAAGAUACUGACAUAGAGAGGACCCUUGUGUGAGCAAUGCUGCUGAUGCAUGUAAGGGAAAAUGACAGUGUUUAAUAAACAUUGUCAUUGUGACACCAUGACUGUACAAUAUAUUGUAGUGUACAUGAAAAAUAUGUGAUGGUCUUAUGAAAUUAAGAAGAUGCAGCUAGUAUAUGUUUAAAGUAACACUGUGACAUAAUUUAACUGCAUUAAAUAUUCUCUGUUAAUAUCAUUUACACACUAGUAUAGUUUUCUAUUAGGAUACUGCAAGAUCUCUACCGAUCCAAAUAAUGUGAAACAUGCAGAGUCAGCAUUUUGUAAUAUUUCAUUUUUAUUUUGUACAGUGUGUGGCAUGCACAGAUAAUGUAUAUGAAAAGUACAGGAGAUAAACUGCAGAGCUCUAAUGUGUAUGAGUCAUGUUAACAUACAGUAUGAGCUAAGAUCCUUAUCAGAUGGACAUGGACAGAUGGUGGCUGUCUUCUUACUGCAUUUUAAAUACUUUAUCAUUUCAUUCCACUGAUCUAAAAAAAUGGCCUGUUGUCUUACUGGUCAGUGUUGUAACUGACUUGUACAGUCUAAACAACUAAACUAAAACAGUAAAAGAAAUAUAAAAAAUAAUUACUUUCCUGCAGUUAUUAGUAGGACUCAAAAGGUAUUUCAGUUGUAGGUAAGUAUUUCAGUUGUUAGUUACAAAAAUAACAAUAAAGUAAUUUAACUACUCAUUAUGCAAAUAUGAAUGUAGUUGAACUACCAGAAAGCUACUGCAAAAUGUCAACUACCUGCAUAAGAUCAUGUAGUUCCUUCCUUUAGCAAGAUGCUGUUUUUCAGGGGUUAGCUAAAUGCAUGUACACUUCUUGGUGAACAAAGAGGCAAAGAAACAAAACUAAUAUUCCAAAGUUGCUGUUUUGUCGACUUUUAAGAUUCAAAUAAAAUGUAUGGUUCCUAAGCAGUCAUGAUUCUCAGCAAUGUCUACUAUUAAAAAAUAAAUCACAAUCUUAGCAGAUUGCAAGGUUAAUGACUGUGACUCUCAUUUGUCAUCACAAGAAAAGCCGGUGUAAAAAAUGUCACCACACACUCAGUCCCACAACAGAACAUUCAAACGUAAAGUUGGUGAUGUGUCAGCAGCAUUGUUUAGGUACCAUGACACCAAGGGAUACUUCAUAGUACACUAGGUAAAAACAGUUUACUACAUACUGUACUCCUCUUGGAUCAGUAAAAGAAGAGAUGUAUGCAAGACAGCAAGAAAUGUGUAAGUUUGUCUGUAGGACAUCGACCAACUGUAUAUGUUUGGUAUGUUACUGUGUGCAAAUGCAUCAACAUCCAAAUUUAUUUUUCAAAAUAAAGUUAU